AACUAUCAGCUUGUCCGACAAGAGUUUGAGGCUGUAUUGAGCGACCAGACAAAGUCUACUCCCGAUAUGACCAGCCCAACUGCAACAGAGGUCCUUGACGGGAUCACAAGUGGCUUACGACGGGCCAUCGAGAGUAUGCUUGGAUUUCUUCAGGUUGUGGGUCGCAAUGUGCAACACUACCUCAGCUUAAUUGCCUCGUACCACAAGCAGAGAUACAGUGAACGUGUACAGAUCCAUGCCCGUUAUAUGAAGGAGUUAAGUACCGGCCUGCAAACUCUCCGGCCGGUCCUGACCCUCCUUCAGGUGGAUGGCGACCUCAACAUGGCCAGCAACUUGUCCGACGACGAGCAAGACGAACCGGAAACCAAAGUGUGGAAGAAACUGCUGGGCGCUUUAGGGGACAACAACCAAGACGAAUGGGCUGCUAUCCUCACGGCUCGCGACAGAAUGGACCAAGCAGUCGCUGACCACCGCCGCUUACUUGGAGGCCUUGAUACAAUUAGGGAGAAGUUCAAUGAGAUGAUUGAUAUUCUGGAGCCCGACUACAUCGAGGACAACCCUAGGCAGGAUCUGAGUCGGCGAGACGCAGUGAUGGCCUUGAGGUUGCAGGCGAGACAAUCCGCCAAUCGCCUAUAUCCUGCCGCGCAGGCCGAAAUGUCGCGUAUAACAGACCCGAAUGUCAAAAAUCUGAUGAUGACCUGGAUGAAUUGCAUCGAAGUCUAUGUUGAGGAACAAGAGGUCCGGCGAGGCGAAAAGGCCAGAGAAGAAAUGACGGCAACCGUUAUGGAAGAUUUUCUGAAAGCGAUGGUACGGACUCACAUUCAGCAGUUGUUGUCCUCUGGGAUGCUAAAUGAGGAGGCCAUGCCACAAGCUCUGAGAGACACUGUCGCCAGGGUGAGGGUAGCCCUUGGUGAGGACACAGGUUUGCAACAGGAGCAGCAACAGGAGCACCCACAGGAGCAACCACAGGAAGAGCACCUGGCUGAAGACAUGGAUAUACAACAGGAACAGCAUGGUGAAGAGCAGGAGGAACCAAAACGCAACAGGUCGACAGCAGACUAUGAAGAAGACGAACUCAGAGCUCAGAGUUCCAGAAGAGGCUAUACAAGGGGGUUGUGGAAGUAUCAACGCCGUUAUUGA